GAAAAGGCAACAUCCAUCCAAACUACUGACCAAAGCAUUUACAACAACAUACACGUAUUACAUCAUUGUGUGAUUGGAAGGCUCUCAAGAGGUGAAACAGAACAUAUAUUUGGAUCGUUGAUGCAGUUAUCCAGUGAUCUUUGUGGAAUGAAAGAAUAAGGACAAGCUUUGACUAGUGAGGAUUUCAAAGCAAUUUAUAAGUAGUCAGACAGUCAGUCAUUGUUUGCUUUGGCUCUAAAACUUUGUUCUGUUUCAAAUGUUAUGCAGUAUUUGUAUUAUGCAAAUGUUUAUUUAGCUUGAACAAAACACCACAUGCAAAAACUGCCAUGAGUUCUUUAAAUGCAAGCUUUUCACAGAAUAUUUCCAUUGUCCAACCUGAAUACUUUUUCAUCAUUGGGCUUACAGGUAUACCAUACAGCAACUAUUACUAUAUAUUCUUAUUUAUCAUUUAUUUUAUAACUGUAAUUGGGAACUCUACAGUCCUCCUCAUUAUAGCUCUUGACCGAAGCUUGCACAGUCCAAAGUACAUUGGUGUGUUUAACUUGGCCUUGGCUGAUAUUUGUGAAACUAAUGCACUGAUUCCUAACAUGAUGAAAACUUUUCUGUUUGAUUCACAGUACAUCUCCUUCAAUGCUUGUUUGGCAAACAUGUUUUUUUUGUUUCUCUUUAGUGCCAUGCAGAGUCUGACUCUUGUUGUUAUGGCAUAUGAUCGUUUAAUUGCAAUUUGUUUGCCAUUGAGAUAUCAUGUUUUUGUGAACAAUACCAAUAUGUGUUUACUUUUCUUAGCAAUUUUUUUAUUUAAUUUUUUCAUUGUGGCCAUGAUGGUGUCUUUGAUCACUCGAAUUUCAUUCUGUAAAACCAAUGUAAUACAGAGUUAUUUUUGUGACCAUGGACCGAUGUAUAGGUUGGCAUGUAAUGACAAUAGCAUUAAUAAGAUUAUGGGACUUCUCUACACAUCUUUAUACCUUAUAGCACCAUUGCUCAUUAUAAUCCUGUCAUAUCUGUGCAUUUUUUAUGUUGUAAGCAAAAUUGCAACUUGGGAAGGACGUUUUAAAGCACUGAAGACCUGUGUUUCGCACCUGUUGUUAGUAGGAAUAUAUUUCAUCCCAAUAUUCUUCACAUACAUUAAUUCUUUUUGGGUCUUAUUGCUUUAUAGCACUCCAAAUUCUAGAAUCAUCAGCACAUCUCUGGCAUAUGCUGUUCCAGCAAUGCUAAAUCCCAUAAUUUAUGUUUUAAACACUGCUGAAAUCAGAGACAAAAUUCGAAAAGUGCUUAAAAACAGAUCUGCACCAACUGGAAUUAUUUCAAAAUGAAUAAAAUGUGCAUUCAUUAAUUCUUUUAAUCAUUAGAAAUUAUGUGAACAAUCUCUAUGUAUACAACCAUAUAGUAGUGAUAUGCUAUUUAUUUAUCUGUCCUAUAUUUAUUAAUCCAAAUCCAAAUGAUUUCAAAUGUCUGUCCUGCAUAUAUUCUUAGUUACUGAUCUCAAGACAAAAAAAAAAAAAAAAAUAGUAAAAAAAAUCACCAGCAAAUUAAAUGAAUGUCAGGGUUAUACUUCUGUUCCUGGGGUGUGUUUCCCGAAAACAUUGUUAGCCAACUAUGGUCAUAAGUCAUAUUGAACUCUAUUGGUAACAACGGAACUUGCGACCAUAGUUUGCUUUGAGAAACGCACCCCUGUUUAGUUUCAGUGUUUUGGUUCAGUCCUUCAGUUCUUUGUUCACUGUCAUUUGUUCUCUAGUUAAUCUCCUAAGUAGUAUAUUAGUAUAUAACACCUGUCCUGUUUCUAUGUUUAUUAUCUCUGUUCGUAUAUAAGACCUCAGUUCAUUCUGUUGUUUUUUCCGUGACAUUGUUUUGUUGGUUGUUAGCUCCCUGUGAUUGCUCCUGUGUGUAUUAUUGGAUUAAAGACUGUUACCUGUUGAAUAAUUUGUUUUUGUGCAAUUAUUACUGCAACUAAGCUGUGAGGAUGACUUUUUGUAAACAAUUAUUACUAUGUUUUAUGCAAAACCAUUUGAUGACACACUAUCUAAAUAAAAUAUUUGAUUCUAAUGUACAGUGGCCUCCACAAAU